AUGGUGUUUCAAAGCCACGGACCGGUUUCUUUCACAAAGACGACGCUGUCGUACCCGGUGUAUACAGCAGAGUUCGACCCUUACAACCGUGGCUUCCUCGUGGUAGGCGGCGGUGGUGGUCAGGGCCGCAAUGGCGUCGCAAACAAGAUUACUCUUCUGGACACGAGCAAACGCGCAACUCUGGACACGGCGGCUGAGAUCGAGCUCUCGAGCGACGAAGACAAUGUCAUCUCCCUGGGGACGCUGGCUUCUAAGGACGGUCUCAUCACUCUAGCUGGUAUCAACUCGUCGGAAGAGGAUCAGAAGGCUGGCAUGAACGAACACCUACGCACUUUCGAGAUCAAGUACCCACAGAAGAAGCAGCCCUCGGAUGAGAAGCAAAACAUCGGGACUAUUGUGGAAAAGCCGGAUGGAUCAAUCUCGUUCGUUGGCAAGGCUGGUCUCUUCAAACCAGCUACUGGACCCAGACCAGAGACAUACCAACGUCUGCUCAGACUCUCGCCUACAUACAAGCGCGACUCGCCUAACAAGCGCAUCGGAGCUGUCGCGACAGGACUGGCCAAACAAUCCGAGAUUGUCGUAUUCGAUGCCACAAAGACUCCUACAACCCAAGCAGAUGUAAUUGCACGUAUCCCCAUGCGUAACAAUGAUGAGGCUGCCGAUCUGGACAUUACUGAAAUCGAGACGAAUACCUUUUCCAUCACCUGGGCCACUGAUUACGAUGUCUACGAGCAAACCGUCAUGUACAACUUCGACACCAAGAAGGCAACAUUCUCUCCUGCAAACCCGCGAAAGGUCUACUCGAUGCCUCUUCGCGAAGAUUCUAGCAAGCCUGCUCGCCCGAAGUACCGCGCUAUCAGAUGGUUGGGCCCUGAGGAUGUCCUGCUCCUGAGCAACUUGCCUGGUCGUACUGGUGCCGAAUUGAGCAUUGUCCACUUCUACCCAUCUGGUCCGGCAUUGAAGGUCAAGCAGAAGGUCUUGCCUGGUCAUGUCAAGCAGGCCGUUGGUCUUGAUGUCUGCAGCUUGGAUGCUGAUAAGGAUGGCAACAAGCAAGUCGUCGUUGCCAUCGCCAGCCACGACAUCUCAAUCCCCGUCUACACUAUCGACUACAAGUCUGCAACCCACACCUUUGGCAAGUUCAAACGCUUCACUACCCUCCGCGACGUACAUCCCCAAACCAUAACCUGUCUCCGCUUCUCUCCCUUCCACAGUCCCGUUCGCGGCCCUGCACCUGAACUGGAUAGAAAAGGCAACCAGAUUCCUGCUAAGAACCCUGUUCAUCCUGGCCCUCAAUACAUUAAAUUGUGCAGCACCAGUAUCGGCAACACUGUCGUCGUUGAUACUUUCGCUCUUCUCCCCUCUCAACCUGCAGAUCGUCUGAGUCGUUAUGUGCUCCUGCACCCUUCAGAUGAAGUCCGCCAACGCACUACCUAUGGAAUCCUCAUCGGAUUCGCCGUCCUCGUAUUUGCAAUCCUCUUGCAAUCACUAUACUCUUCCGACCCCUUCGCUCCCAGUUUUGCAGACAUUAUCCCGCUGCCAGCGUCUUGGCAACGUACACUCAACCACCCUGCUUCCAUUGCCGACAGCAUGGGUAGAAAGGGCUGGGAACCCAUCGCCGACGCCGCAUCUUCCGUCUCUUCAGUCGUUCCUGACGCUGCAUCCUCCGCCUCCUCAGCCGGCUCCUCAGCAGCUUCCGCCGUCCGCUCAGCCGCCGCAGCACCCAGUGCCAAAAUCGCCGAUCUCCUCGACAUGCACUUCGCCCUUCCCGGCGGCAGCGCCUCCGAAGAAGACAAAGCGGUAAUCAUCCGCGAUAACGGUGAAGGUAAAGCUUUGGCCGUUUCCAUGGGUGACGCGGAAGCGUAUAAAAAGCAAGACGAGAGGGCACAACAUUGGCAUGAAUUGAGCGAGCAGCAAAAGGAAACUUGGAGGAAGAGAUUGGUUGAUGCGGGACAUUGGACUGUGGAGGAGGGGGAAACGAUUUUGAAGGGGGUCGUGUUUAGUAGUUGGGCGGGAUUUGUGGGGAGGGUUGCUGGUGAGGUUAUCAGGGAGUUAUAGGAUUAAACCGCUGAGAGGGUGACGGAAGGAUGGCGAUGAUGGAGUGAUGAGUUGUGGAGGGGGCUUGGAUUGGAUUGUUGAAUGUGCGAGG